UGCAAUAGCUGCUGUCAUGGUGGCACGGUGAUGAGAGGAGGGAGGAGGAGAGACUUCACCUCUCAUGCAUGGGACCCACAAAUCCUCGCUGCGCCCCUACAGGGACCCAUAGAUCGCCAUUUUUGUAGCUCAUCCAGAAGCCCAUCCCCCUUAUGCAUCUUCACCGGGAAAGCGGCGGAGGCGAGUUUCAUUCAAUUCACUGAGAAGCGACUGCCUGCACGGCGGCGGGACUCACGCACGAAGAUGGCCUCGCCAAGGACAAUAACUAUUGUAGCGCUCUCAUUCGCUCUCGGUUUAUUUUUCGUAUUUAUGGGAACCAUUAAGCUCACUCCGAGGCUAAGCAAAGAUGCAUAUAGUGAAAUGAAAAGAGCAUACAAGAGCUAUGCCAAGGCAUUGCCGGGCCUGAAGAAGAUCGGCAUCAGCUCAGUCCUGCUGCGUAAGAUCAUCGGCUCCCUGGAGGUGGGCUGUGGGGUGGUGCUCACCCUGGUGCCCGGCAGGCCGAAGGACGUGGCCAACUUCUUGCUGCUACUGGUCAUGCUGGCCGUCCUCUUCUUCCACCAGCUAGUAGGAGACCCUCUGAAACGAUACGCCCACGCUCUGGUCUUUGGUAUUCUGCUCACCUGCCGGCUGCUCAUCGCCCGGCAGAGCGAUGACCGGCCGGAGAGGGAGGAAAGCAGGGAGGAACAGUACAUCAACGACCAGGAGAGGAACAAGGUCAAGCAGUCUUAAGCCCCGCACUCCACUUGGGUCAGAGCCACAGCGAAGGGAAACUUGUGUGCUUCUAUGGAUUGUAGUCAUUCAGAUUUUGAAGGAAACUACCAACCAGUCACUACUGAUAAAGAUGCCACUCACACACACACACACACACACACACACACACCCCGUCCCGUCCUGUUGGCCGACUGAUUUCCGGUUACUGUCACCCACUCCUCUGCACUGUUAUUGUGAAACUGAAAACUCUUGUUCAUACAUCCGAUACAUAACUGUGGACAAUCAUACCCAUGGAAACUGUUAUGAGCUCAACUCGUCACACUAGUCGAUCAAUUUUACCUUCUUUGUCCUCAUUUCACAACUACAAUGUGUUAAAUAUGUACGUGUUUUCAUUUUCACUCUAACAUGACGUUAAUUUAGGCUACAAGUUGAUUUGAGAAUGCUGUUUUUCAUGAAUGAAUCUUUGUAGCCUGUUUUUCUAAUUUUGUUUUUUAAUGUAUUUAGGUAGGAGAAACUGUGAUAAUUUAUGAACCACGUUAUUUUACAAAAGCUCAAGCAUGUUUUAUCUGACCUAAAGUAAAGACCACAAGCCAAAAUGGGCAGUGUUGGAAGAUUUUUUGGACUAAUUAUAUGUUAACUCACAUUUAUUAAAUGUCCACAUCUUUUUGGGUGCAGUUAGCAGAAGCCCUAUUUUAUAAAUAAAAGUAUAAAUCCUAGUUGUUCAUUUUUUUCAGCUCAGUGCAAUUUUCAUACUUGCGCAUGAAAUCCCUUUUCCUAAAGAAAAAUAAGCAAAUCCUCUUUCUCAUUUCAGCUUCAAGUAUCAUCUUGAAGUUGUUUAGAUAGAAAGGACAGCAGGUGCUGCUUUGGGUGUGUGCUAUGAGCCUCACACGUUUCUAGAGCACAACCCAAUCAACUGUUUUAAGCUUGUGAAAGAAACUGGAUUUUUCCUUUUCCUGUUAGCAGGCAAUAAAGACUUAUGUUUAUUCACUGUCAUUGAAGUCUUUUGCUUAGCUGUUGGAUUUGUUUUCAUUUUUCUCCUUAAGGAUAUUGAAAAGCAUUCCUGUUAAAAUCUUGCUUUGGGAAUGGGACCUCAGUUGAAAAUCAUGUCAGUUUUGAGAUUCACAAUAUUUCUGUAAAAUUUAGUGAUAUAAUUGAAAUACAAUCUGAAGGUGAGACAGACUAAA